AUGGACGUACAAAUCUUCCUCAAAGUGCUUUGCGACAAAGGCACGCGCCCCCCAUUCAACUAUUCCGAAAGGUAUAUCCGGAACACAUUUUUCGUUUACAUUGAAGAAGGAAACCGUCUUCAAGGAGCUUCGUUAGAACAAGAAGCCGAGGCAGUUAGAGGCUCAAAUGAUGAUGUAGUUGGAAAAGAACCGUAUCCAGAACCGAUAUGGUUAGCCAAGAAGGGACGUCGUUCCUCGGGACCGAAAUCGAGAGAGGAGAGUGAUGUGCCGGCUUCUGCAUCGGAAUUGAAGCCGGAAAAGAAAGAUGAUGUGCCAGCUUCUGUCUCUGGAUUGAAGUCGGAAAAGAAACGUGGUAUGCCAGCUUCUGUCCCUGCGCCGAAUAAUGCUUCGCUCAUAUCGAGGGUGGAGUUUCUGAAAACUAGGAUGGGUUUAUGGCAUUAUUUGGGCAUUGCGGGUAUGGGGGUGCUUUUGGGUGGACUUUUUGGAACUUCCCGUGCGAGGGACUUCUUUGGUCAGUAG